AACUUCGAAUUAUCGAACGAUUUUCUCACAAAAACUGAUGCAAACCCGAAAAAUGUCCUAGCAGUAGUGAUAUUACUAUUAAGAGAACCGCCUCAGCAGCAAUUGGAUGAAAAAAUCACGCUGAUCGACUUCGCUACUUCCUUCCACUUCCCCUAUCAGAAUCGCACACUCUGCGAUUCCUGAGAGAGAUAACAUAACACCUUCAACAAUGGAUUCCGUUCCUUAUCUCGACGGCAACAUACACAAGAUUCUCGAUUCCCGAUACCUUCACCCUCGCCUUGAUGUUAAUCAGAGUUUGCAGACUCACUCCUCCUUGAUUCGGAGGCUUUCUCAAGAGAAAGAGUUGGAGGGACAUCUUGGUUGUGUUAAUGCUGUGGCUUGGAAUUCAAAAGGAUCGUUAUUGAUAUCCGGAUCAGAUGAUACACGGAUUAAUAUUUGGAGCUAUUAUAGUCAGAAACUAGUGCAUUCAAUUGAAACUGGACAUACUGCGAAUAUAUUCUGUACUAAGUUCAUACCAGAGACUUCUGAUGAGCUUGUAGUCUCUGGAGCUGGAGAUGCUGAAGUUCGGUUAUUCAAUAGGUCUCGCUUGAGUGGGAAUGGACUUGAUGAUAUUGCCGUUGUUCCAUCAGCACUUUACCAAUGCCACACUCGUAGAGUCAAGAAAUUGGCUGUUGAAAAUGGAAACCCCAAUGUGGUAUGGAGUUCCAGUGAAGAUGGAACCUUAAGACAACAUGAUUUUCGGGAAGGUACCUCUUGUCCUCCUGCAGGAGCUUCACAUCAAGAAUGUCACAAUGUUCUGCUUGAUUUGCGGAAUGGAGCUAAAAGAUCCCUUGGUGAUCCUCCUAAACAAGUUCUUUCUUUAAAAUCUUUUGAUAUUAGUUCAACUAGACCUCAUUUGCUCCUUGUUGGCGGGAGUGAUGCUUUUGCACGUCUGUAUGAUAGAAGGAUGUUACCACCUCUAAGCUCCUCUGGGAAAAGAAUGUCCCCACCUCCAUGUGUUAAUUAUUUCUGUCCAAUGCAUCUUUCUGACCGUGGACAUCCAAAUUUGCACUUAACUCACGUUACUUUUAGUCCUGAUGGAUCCGAGGUUCUCCUUAGCUAUAGUGGAGAGCAUGUUUACUUGAUGAAUGUAAAUCACGCUGGAGUGAAUGAGGUGCAAUAUACUUCAGGUGAUGUAUCAAAGCUGGUGACUUACUCUCCAACAGUUAAUGGGGUAGAAUUGCAGCCUUUUGUGCCUAAUGUCUUCCCAAAUGGUUUUCAUGCUAAAAAGAACAUCGCUGCUAAGCUUGACAAGUGUAGGAAACUAAUAAAAUAUGCUAAGAAGUCAUUAGAGGAGGGGGUCUUCUAUUAUGGAAUUGAGGCUUGUAAUGAAGUUAUGAAUGGCUACAAUCAUAUUAUUGGGCCUGCACUAAAACAUGAAUGCUUGUGUACUCGUGCUGCACUAUUGCUCAAGAGGAAGUGGAAAAACGAUGCUCAUAUGGCUAUAAGAGACUGCCAUGCUGCUAGGAAAAUUGACAAAUCCUCAUAUAAACCACUGUACUACAUGUCAGAAGCUUUGUCUCAGUUGGGUAAACACAAAGAAGCUUUGGAUUUUGCUGUUGCGUCCCACUCACUGGCCCCAUCCAAAUCUGAAGUUGCUGAAAGAGUGGAGAAGGUGAAGAAGGAUAUUGUUUUAGCUGAAACUGAGAAAAAUAGUAAGAAAAAUGAUGGAGCAUCAAGGACUGACAGAAGGGGUGGAAGAAUGUUAUCAUUAAGUGACAUACUCUACCAAUCAGAGGCUAAUAGUGAUGCUUCGCAAGAUGGUCCGGGAUCUGACAGGGAUGAUUCUGAUUAUGAUGAGGAUUUGGAGUUGGACUUUGAAACAUCAAUAUCUGAUGAUGAGGGACAUGAUUCUGAUUCAAAUAUUCUUCAUGGGAGUUUGAAUCUUAGAAUUCAUCAAAGAGGUGACUCAGAAGAACAUGUUGGUGCAAGUGGCUCGUGUGAAUCACCCUCCUCCUCCUCCUCAUCACAGAAUGGUAGAGCGUCAUAUCAGCCUGAAGCAGCAAUUGAUAUGAAGCAGAGGUUUAUUGGACACUGCAAUGUGGGGACUGAUAUAAAACAGGCCAAUUUUCUUGGUCAAAGAGGUGAAUAUGUUGCCAGCGGAAGUGAUGAUGGCAGAUGGUUUAUUUGGGAAAAGCGAACUGGUAGACUCAUGAAAAUGCUGAAUGGCGACGAAUCUGUUGUAAAUUGCAUACAAUGUCAUCCGUUUGAUUUUGCUGUGGCGACCAGUGGGAUUGACAGCACAAUAAAGAUAUGGACUCCAAGUGCUCCUGUUCCUUCUUCUGUAGCUGGUGGUUCUGCAGGACCAGAGACUGGUGAUGUGUUGACUGCUAUGGAGAACAAUCAACAAAAGUUAUCCCGUAAUAGGGAUUCAAUCCUGCCCUUUGAGCUCUUAGAACCAUUUAGAAUGCAUGAAUUUCCUGAAGGAUCACUACGCAUGCGACCUUUUGAAUGUGCUCAAAGCUAAAGAGAUUCACUAAUUUUCACAUGUUGGUGCUAUGUUUGGCUGUACUUGUAAAUCUGGAUCGAGAUGAUCCACGGGAGACAUUUUUAAAGAGAAUAAAUUGGAACAUGGGUAUUAUGUGGAAUUUCUUCUUCUAGUAAACAAGUGCUUUCCUGAACUUGUUGAUUUUUUAAAUUUAAAUGUACAGAUUUACUGAUUGCCAUGUUUGGUGAUAUUAUGUGUAUAGUUUCCUUGUGGCCCCUGAAUUAAAAUAGUUAAUUUUAGUAGAUUUGAUCUUUGUAUAUAUAGCUUUUUUGUAGUUUAAACGUGAAUAUUAUAAUACCUUCCUAUUCUUGAGCUUAA